AUGAUUUUCAGAGUGGCGGUCGACCCUGAGGAAUGUUUUCACUACACUCGUUACCUUGAACCAACCGGCACUCCCGGCAACUACAUCUACUUUAAAAACGGCGUCAAAGACAGGGACGUUGCGUUUGUUACUACUGAUUACGAAACGUAUCUCAUUACGGCGGACCAAAAACCAACCGGUAUCUCGCACGUCACUGUUUGGGGACGUGCCUCCUCUCUCUCUGCUAAUGUAGCUGCGCUUGUAGACCAACUUAUUAUCAGUGAGACUUGUCUCGGUUCUUCUGACUUUGGCGCCUUCCACAAUUCAAGUCACACCAACCCAUGCCCAUAGAGGAAACAUGGACCAAGCCAGACGAGCGCCUUCAUGAGGCAUUUCCUAUAUCGACAAUGAUUAUCAGUGAACUAGUUCUGUAGUACUGAAUAUUCGGAAUAAAGUUUCUUGCGUGCAAA